UUAUUAGCCGCUGGUGUGGCGGACUCGGAGAGGCUCGCGAGUGUGUGUAGUGUAUGUUGCUAUCAUUCUAGUUUUGUUUUGACAGCUGUCAAACCCGGUUGAAGGUUCAAUUUAGCUUGUUUUUCUUCAAUCUGUGCUUGUUUGAUCAAUAAAAAAAAAGAAUGUUUAGCAAACGUCUUUCGGGAUUAUCUUCUUCCAAAAAUCGUGCAAACAGUUCCAACCAGGGGAUGCCAUCGAAAGGACCAAAGGGUGUUGUUUCGCCGGGUUCACCGGAUAACGCCGUUGUUAUUCCAUAUAUAAAGUCUCAAGAUAAUGGUAAACUUUUGCCGAAAUAUACUGCAGCUCUUGCUCGCUCUAAAGAAGAAUACUUACCUGCCGAAGAUUUAGAUGCUAUUCAAUUGGAGUUGGAGCUACUCUUAUCCAGCGUAGCUCAGCGCUAUCGGAUAUUAAAAGCAGAAUUCGACGCAAUUGAACGGGAAGACCGCCGAGAUCGGAAGAACAAACUUGUCGAGAAACCCCCUACUUCGCCAGGCAAGCGAAAAAGAACCGAAGAUAAAAAAACCAAAGAUCGGUUUCUGUCUUCAUUGAAGAUCGCUAAGCAAAGAGUGACGUCGAUUAAUUCACCAGCACAAUCUCUCCAAACUGACGACAGCUUGGACGCUUUACCGCAUUCUACACACCACAGCCAAAAGGAUCGGCUGAAAUCAUCGGUUCCAAAGAAUGAUGUUCCUAACAAAUUUUGGCUGUCGGUUGAACCGUAUUGUAUGCCUAUAACGCAUGAGGACCUAAAGUUAUUAGAUGAUUUGCUAGAGCAGUACUCCGGGCCAUUAGUUCCUCCCAUUCCAGAAUUAGGACCUCAUUACUCAACGACAUGGGCAACGGAAGAUUUAAGAGAAGAACGGGUUAAUUCAAAUCUAAAUUCUAAGAUGAAAUCAAGGCAAUUAGUACAAAGCGAUGAGGUUGCGGAAAUCGUAAAAAAGGGGGAAAAGAUCAUGGGCGAAGGCGUUACCGGACCUUUUACACAAAGGCUUGUGUCCGUUUUAUUAGAAGAAAAUCUCAUUGUAGAUGGUCUUUCAACUGCCGAUAGUAAUAGCAGUUCUGAGAAUAUAAGUGCUUUCAAUGUGAGGUCUGUGAUGAGAAAUGGUAUAAGCAUAGAAAAACGGUUGAAAAAGGAAUUGGCCGAGCAAGGAAUUAUAGAUCCCCAGGAAUAUGAAAAUCAAGAAGAUGAAGUUUUGUCGGAAAUAAAGCGUGUUUUAGCAGAGUUGUCAGCGAUUGCAGAAUACAAUAGCGGAGAAAUUCGAAAACUGAGCAUUGCUGGAAAGGAAGAAUUGAAAAGACUUGAAUUGAAAAGGAAGUUGGAUACCGUAGACCAAGAAAUAAUUGAGAUGUAUAAAAAAGUGUUAAUUGCAAAGCAGAAACGGCGUCAGUUGUCGACACAAGAGCGGGAGGAUAUUUACAGAUUGACUGAAGAACAAAAAAGAUUGUCUGAUCAAUUGGAAAGCAUGCGAACGCCUGGACCUAAGUUCAUGGAUUAAAUUCUGGUUGUCGAGUUUUAUAUGCUUUUCAAUAUCAUCAAAAGUUUAAUGGGGACUAAAUAUAAAGCUUUUAUAACUAACACAAGGUGGAACAAUAAAGCGAAAAUUUUAUUUAAGUUA